AUGAGUCAAGUCGCUCCAAAGUGGUACCAAUCAGAAGACGUUCCAGCUCCAAAACAAACCAGAAAGACUGCUCGUCCACAAAAAUUACGUGCCUCUUUAGUCCCAGGUACCGUUUUAAUUUUAUUGGCCGGUAGAUUCAGAGGUAAGAGAGUUGUUUACUUGAAAAACUUGGAAGACAACACUUUAUUGGUUUCUGGUCCAUUCAAAGUCAAUGGUGUUCCAUUGAGAAGAGUCAAUGCUAGAUACGUCAUUGCCACCUCCACCAAGGUCAAUGUUUCUGGUGUUGAUGUUUCUAAAUUCAACGUCGAAUACUUUGCUAGAGAAAAAUCUUCCAAAUCUAAAAAAUCUGAAGCUGAAUUCUUCAAUGAAUCUCAACCAAAGAAAGAAAUCAAAGCUGAAAGAGUUGCUGACCAAAAAUCUGUCGAUGCUGCUUUAUUAAGUGAAAUUAAAAAGACUCCAUUAUUGAAACAAUACUUGGCCGCUUCAUUCUCUUUGAAGAACGGUGACAGACCACACUUGUUAAAAUUUUAA